UUUUGCCUGAGGCAUUUGGGCCGAGGUCUUUUGGCCGAGGCGCUUUGCCUGAGGCACUUUGCCUUGGCCUUUGGGCUGAGGUCUUUUGCCUUGGCCUUUUGGCUGAGGCCUUUUGCCUUGGCCUUUGGGCUGAGGCACUUUGCCUUGGCCUUUGGGCUGAGGCACUUUGCCUUCGCCUUUUGGCUGAGGUGCUUUGCCUUCGCCUUUUGGCUGAGGCCUUUUGCUGAGGCCUUUUGGCUGAGGCACUUUGCCUUGGCCUUUGGGCUGAGGGACUUUGCCUUGGUUUUUUGGCUGAGGCACUUUGCCUUGGCCUUUUGGCUGAGGCCUUUUGCUGAGGCCUUUUGCCUGAGGCACUUUGCCUGAGGCGAUUUGGCCGCAGCAUUUUUCCCGAGGGUGUUCGACUCCACCAUUCGGACGCCCUCCGUAGGCAGGCUCCCCUGUGUUCUUUGAUUCACAGGAUGGAGAAGAGACCCCCCGCCUGCCCCAGGCAGGCCUGGAUGGAAGACAGCUCUUCCCAGGAGAGCCGCUCUCCAGGUCUGCAGCUUCCGUCCUCCUGCGAGGUGACCACCAUGCAGCCCCUCAAGCUCGAUGCCAGCUGGUUGCCCAUCUACAAGGAGGAGCAGGAAGCUGUUGAUUCCAUCCUGGCCUUUGUCACCAGCCCCAACAAGGAGGAGAGAGACAAGGCCACAUUUCUCCGGAGCAUCUCCGUGCUGUGCAGAAGCGCCUUGAACCACGGCCUGACCCAGGGCCUGGAUCUGUUCUGUGACACGUACCAGCUGGCAGAGAACAUCAAGGCGCUGCUGGAAGAAGAGCCAAGGGACCAGCUGUGCACAGACCUUCGGCAUCUUUCCAUGCUGGCUCUGGAGAAAUUGAGCUUGGUGGACACAGCGCUGGAGGGCAAAGCCAAAAGCCUCCUCCGCACGUGUUUCUCAAGUGUCUUCUGGCUGCCUGCAGAGAAGGAAAUGCCAAAAGCAGAUCUUGCCCUCUAUAUCAAGGGAAGUGUGGGCAUCCUCCUCCUCCUCCUGUGGCACAGGGGGUUCAGAUGGCUCUCCUGGGGCUGGGAGGAACAGCAGAAUGACUGCCACUGCUCUCUGUGUUCCUUGCAGACCCUGAACUCCAUGGACAGCAUGCUGAGGACAGUGGUGCUCAGCUUUCCUGCCUCUCGAGUCAGCGAGGAGCUGCAGGGCAUCUUGGAGCUGCUGCUGGACUUCACCAGAUGCGAGAGAGAGGCUGUGAGGGAGAGGGCCAUGGCAAGGAUCGAUGUGCUGGCCCGUGUGCUGUCCGACUAUUCCACUCUGCAGGCCAAUGCCAACAUCAGAAGAGGCACUGCUGGACCUGUCUGCUCUGGGGAGAUCCAGCUCCCGCUCCUAGGAAAGCUGCUGGGGCGUCUCAUCCUUUUCCGGUUCUCCGAGGAGCAGACAAGCUGUGCAGCUUUCCAUGCUCUUUUUGCCCUGGCUGAGUUCAUCUUCGAAUCCAGGCUAAAGGACAGAGCAGACCAAGUCCACUGGGAAGCCGUGACCACCUCCGCGCUGUGUUCUCUGAGCGCCAGGGACUGUGCCAAGACCUUUGGAAAAUACCUGCAGUCCCACGAGAGGACGGAUGUCAUCCUCGUGGCCAUCGAGGCGUUGGGAGAUGCCAGCAUCCUCGACCAGCAGGUGCCCAGCAGCCUGCUGGAUGUGGCCUUGGAAGACCCGGACGUCUGGCUGACGGACGCACCCAAGAUAGUCAGCAGCAUCCUUGAGAGCCUGCCAUACUGCAGCACACAGGCAGCGUGGGAGAAAGCAGAGUCACUGCUUCGCCUGAUGACCAACCUGUACCCCACCACAGUGGUCAUCCUCCUGUGCAAGGCGGCUCUUCAAGGAGACAGCACUGCGCCGGAGCUGUGGGAGCUGAUGUCCUCCAUGCCGGAGACGCUGGCCAAGAUCUUGGAGGGCUUUGCCAACCUGCUGCACAGACAGUGCUUCCGCUGCUCCGCAGAAGGCCCCCGCACCCAGCCCGUGGCUUCAUCCUCCAGGAAGGCUGAGUGGGAGGAUUUGGCUGACGAGCCCGACAUCGAGAGCCAUCAGGGCUGUCCAAACGAGAGGACGGCCAGGCUGCUGCUGGAAGGGCUCGUGGGGCUGUCGCAGAGAGCCGAGAUGGCAAGAAACAUCGAACUCUUCCUGCCGGGCAUGAUGAAGAUCCUGCAAGCUGGCAGCGAAGAUGCCCAGAUGAAGAUCCUGCUGGCCUUGCAAAACGUUCUGCGUCAGCUGAAGAAGAGCAAGGCCAGCUUCAUCGCUGUGCAGCUUGUGGGGAGGCUCCUGCCCCUCUUUGACUCGGAGUGCAGCGAGCUGCGAGAGCUGUCCAUCCGCAUGCUCACGGAGCUGCUGCAGUUGGUGGUCGGCAGGGAUGAGAAGAGGAUGAGGAAGGAGGUGUGGCGGGCACUGGUGCCUCUCCUCUUCCGCAUGAGCGACCAGGUCCCCAGCGUGGCCAAGGCCUCCAGGGAAGCCCUUCUUGCUGCCGCAGAGCUGCUGAAGUGGAAGACGCUCAAGCACCUGCUGCAGAGAGAGCGGCUGUGGGAGCUUGGAGCGUGCUUGGUAAGGACAAGCUGAGGGGCCCGGG